AUGCAGGGCGGGAGCUGGAACGAACCCCUCAGAGGGGCCCUUUGCCCCCAGUCCCGGACCAGGCGCUGCCUGCUGGGGCAAGGUGCAAGGUCGGUGCCUUGCUGGAACGUUCUGGCAGGAGCACUCUUUGGGCCAUGGACUGGACUGGUGCUGUGCUCGGCCCUAACAUCUGUGGGAGCGACCUUCUGCUACCUGCUCUCUGGCGCGUUCGGAAAGCAGUUCGUCAUCUACUACUUUCCUGAUAAAGUGGCUCUGCUGCAAAGAAAGGUAGAAGAGAACAGGAGCUGCUUAUUUUUCUUCUUGUUGUUCCUGAGGCUGUUCCCCAUGACACCAAACUGGUUUCUGAAUCUCUCAGCUCCCAUUUUAAACAUUCCUGUGGCCCAGUUUUUCUUCUCCGUUCUCAUUGGUCUUACACCAUAUAACUUCAUCUGUGUGCAGACAGGAGCCAUUCUGUCACAAAUAACCUCUUUGGAUGCCAUUUUCUCCUGGGACACGCUGCUCAAACUACUUGCGAUGGCUAUGGCAGCAUUGAUACCAGGGACCCUCAUCAAGAAAUACAGCAAGAAGCACUUGAAGCUGGAUGAAGACAAACAUGCUCAGUUACUCAAUGGCAAAAAGAGCUUGUGAUGGCUCAGGUGCCCCAGAUGUUGGGGGACUGCCUCGCAAAAGCUGCAGGUCUCUGUUCCUGUGGGCUAUAUUCUGCAUGCUCUGUGCCACCAUGGACCAAGGACAAUUGCAGUUUUUAAUCAUUCUUCUCGUCUAUGAGGAGGUGUAAGGUUCUUAUUUUUAAUGAAUGUUUAACUGUGCAUGUAUCUGCACGGAGAGCGCUAUACAGGGGCUUUGUGAACUUCAGUUAAUUUGCCUGUUUCCUUUAAAUCAGCCUGUGUCUCCAGUGUGCCCGACGGUGUUGCCAGCCCACUGCAAAUGUAUUAGCAAUGGAAAAAAAAAAAAAAUCAGGAGUAUUAGCAUCCCGUGAAGAAGGCAAAUCACAACCCCUUAGUCCCUCCCAGCUCUUGAACACGGGGGCCAAGCACCACACUCCCUGCGGUGUCCCUACCAGCCCAAGUCACAGGCUUCCCUUGGGCUCCUGCACUUCCCACCAAGUCCAGCUUUGUGAGCCCAGCUAGCCUCAGUGGUGUGACUGAGGUGGCAGCAGACAGCUGCUGCCCGCUCCAAGAGCGAGGCAGGCUGGUUUUCUGCCCAGCUUCAUCCCUUGGCACCAAAAGUCCACAGCACACGGAGCUAUGUUGAGCUGCAACAGCAAAAGCCUUGGCUAUUUUUCACCACCACUCUAGUAGCAGCAUUUCCCAGCUCUAGGCAGGCCCUACUGCCUCCUCCCCCUGCCCUCUCCAAACUCAUACUUAUUUAGCAUUUUUUUUGCCUAAAAUGAUGAACCGUGCAUUUCUGUGCUGUUAGGUGCAGUGGUACAAGUACCAAGCUGAGAAAAAAGUAAUGAUGUUUCAGGGUCCCUGCACCUUCUGUAGGAGAGCUUGCACAGUUGUAGAAGACCCUUACUUUGUCAUUCAGAUGUUAAGUAAGCACACCCUGCAGCAAAAUUAUUCAGGAUUUGGGGCCAGCUAUGAGCUGCCUGUUUGUAUCAUUCAUAUGUCAGAACACACGAGAUGAUUGCUUCUGAGGUCUGUCAGGGCUGCUACUCCCCACAAAGGCUAAAGGGACAAAAAAAAAAAAAGGAAUGG